UUGCCCGGCAAGCACUAGACCAGACCGGGCCAGAUGGGAGAGGACGAGGAACGAAGUCAUCAUUGCCUCAUUUCUUCGGGACCGAAUUGGACAGGGAGAUGGUGAUAUGGAAGUCCAUCGAAAGGCGGCUCGGCAGAUUCCUGGCUGACAUCCGGGCAACUGGCAGCCUGCAGAAGACCUAUCUGAUCCUUCACAGUCGAGUACUACUGAGAUGCGAGGACAGAGAGAUAGCAAGGAGAAUGCAUACUAGUCCAGUUGAUAGGGAGAGACCCCGAUCUGAGUUGCCCGUGGUGUCCGUCGUAAGCAGCCCAUUAAUAAUCCUCGAGAGGAAUAUGAAUUCCGGUGAAAUGAGCUUUGCCUAGUGCCAGGUGAAUUUCGGUGUGCCCAGCGACCAGGCACGGAUGACCCGACCAGACCAAUCAGCAGCACGGAUGACUAAAGCCCGACGAGUUUUAGCAGCUUAUCUC